AUGCCUGCGCCCAAGAACGCGAAAGGAAACCGAAUUGAGUACCAUUACUGGGACUACAGUUUCGAGUGGACCGAUCAGCAUCGACCUGCGAGCGAGUUCGAGUCUUGGAUCCAUUCCUGCGAUAGCCUUGCGGAUGAGUGCAAUCAGAUAUUGAACGAGUUGCCUGCCACUCCCGGCGAUGAAGGUGGCAAUAUUUCGAAAAGAGACCGGUAUGCACUGUUGAUGGGGAAUCGUGAAAAGCAUCCGAAGCUAGAGGAGCUAUGGACCCAGAUCAACACGGUGCCCGAGUGGGUGGACUGGGCACAGAUCCAACGGGGCCAAGAGGUGUACUGGCGAUAUAUGCUCCCCAUAACGAACUCGCUCACAUAUAAUAGCUUACUCGGUGGAAUGGGAGCCAUUCGUGUGGGAGAAACGUUAUCACGGACUGGAGGGUUCAGCGCCAAUGUCGUCCGUCGCCGACUACUAGAGACCGCUCAACACGCGUUCCAAGUGAACAGCUCCGUCGACAGCAUGAGGCCUGGAGGUGAAGGACAUCUCGCGUGUGUUCGUGUCCGACUCCUUCAUUCAGCUGUGCGUCUCAAGAUCAUGAGCCUGGUGGAGCGAGACCCAAGUUACUAUGACGUCCAAAAAUAUGGCUUGCCCAUCAACGAUCUCGAUGCUUUUGCGACUAUCAAUACAUAUAGUAGCACUGUUAUCUGGUUAGGACUACCACGCCAAGGUAUCAACCUGAGCGACCAAGAGACGGAGGAUUACAUCGCUUUAUGGCGCCUGGUGGCCUGGUAUAUGGGCGCCCCAGCCGAGCCCUUUGAAAGUGCAGCCAAUGCGAAACUUUGGGCGGAGUCGCUGCUCAUCAAUGAAUUUGCCCCGACCGAUACAGGACGGAUCCUUGCAAAGAACAUUGUAAUAGGAAUGGAGAAUACGGCCCCUGCAUAUGCCUCGAAGGAAUUCAUGGACGCUUUAUCUCGGUUACUCAACGGCGAUCAGCUUGCAGAUGAGCUCCACAUUCCGCGAACGAAUUUGUACUAUCGAAUGCUGAUGUGGGGAUACUGUCUCUCGGUGCAGUUACAGGCCAAAGCACUGCCGAAGAUUGGCUUUCUUGAGAAAAUUGUCUUUGCAUUUCGCCGCCGGAUGAUGUGGAGCCACCUCAUGGAUGAAAAAGAGGGCCUAGGAAAGGAAACCGUCUUCGACUUCAAAUACGUUCCAAGUCUCAAACGAACGACACGAGAAGGGGAGCGCAAAAUAUACAUGUUGAAAAGGCCCGGUAUUGAAGUCCUAUCCUAUCUGGGACUCCUUACUGCCUUUGGAACUGUUGCUACUAUUAGUACUGGAAUUUACCUUGCAGCCGCAAGGGUUUUACUCGGGAGCCAGGUCGUACCCCAACUUCUACGUGGUUAA